AUGAGUAUAGGACACCCACAGACAAAUGUCAAGUUGUCAGUGUCCGGGUUAAAAAUACAUGCUAAUAAAACAUCUGAUUCAGCUAACCUAGACUUUGAGACCACGGACUCCUACGCCAUUCGUAUUGUGGUUAAAGACAAUGGAAAACCAGCUUUAUCUUUUGAGAAAUCUGUCACUAUCAUGGUUGAAGAUAAAAAUGAGGCUCCAAGAAAUAUUCUCUUGUCCGCCAACAAGGUCCCCGAGAGGAGUGAGGCAGGAUUUGUGAUUGGAACACUGAGGAGUGAAGACCCAGAUAACAGUAGGAUGGAAGAACAGACAUUUGUUUACAGUCUGGAGAAUGAUGCCAAAGGUCGAGUAGAAGUCAAAAGUGACCAGCUACUGAUAAAGAGGUCCAGACACCUGUGUGAUGACCAGCCUUGUCAGUUUGACUUUGAGAAAGAGCCUAGUGUCAAUAUCAGGGUGAUGGUCACUGAUUCAGGUUUCCCACCCCUGACCUUUGUUAAAACAUUAACUUUGGAGGUUAAAGAUGAGAAUGAUCCUCCACAGGACAUUAGACUGGCAGGAAACUCCAUUGCUGAGGGAAACACUCCAGGAACUGUUAUAGGCAGACUUGUGGCUAUUGACCAGGAUGUUGGACAAACCUUGAUUUUCACCCUUUUGAAUAACACUGAUGUAUUUGUGCUAAAGGGCGAUAACUAUAUAGCUGUAAUUCCAAGCUUAGAUUAUGAACAGCAGUCAAUGUAUGCCUUGUCUGUUAGGUGUAGAGAUGAUGGCGAGGAUUCAAAGUCAGUAGACUCUGUUGUGACUAUUAAUAUACUGGAUGUAAACGAGCCCCCAAGCUUCACUGGAGUAAUGGAUAUAACAGUAGAAGAGAACAGAGAGACGGGGGAGGUAAUUGGAACAGUCACUGCCACAGAUCCUGAUCUGGAAGAACAGCUUUUGUUUACUGUAACUAGAGGAUACAACCACUUUGUGACUGCCAAUACCACGUGCCUUACAGAGUCAGGACAGGGCACUCGCUGUGUUGCUAGUGUUUCCCUGAAGCAGCGUUUAGACUAUGAGAUUAUGUCUAUCUUCACUCUGACAGUGUCUGUACAGGAUAGUAGUGGUCUGACUGAGUCUUCCAACUUCAGGGUCCAUGUACAAGAUGUCAAUGAAUCUCCAACUAGUAUCUUGUUAAAUGGAAAGUCAUUAACUUCACUGUCUGUGAAUGAAAUGACACAAGAUGAGACAAUUGCAGAGUUGUCAGCCCUUGAUCCAGAUCAACAUCAAUUUCACAAUUUUUUUCUUGUGUCAGGAGAGAAAGAGAAUUUUGAAAUUGUAAAAAAUAAACUCAGGGUAAAGGCUAGUGCAGUGAUGGAUUUUGAAACAAAAGCUGAACACAGACUGACCAUAGAGAUAACAGACAAUGGUUUACCUCCCUUGUCAUUGCAAGAGAAAAUCACAGUUCAUGUAGAAAAUUUGAAUGAAGCACCAGAUGCCUUAGAUUUGGAUAACAACAGGGUUCCAGAGAACACUCCAGAGGGUGAGAUGAUUGGUCAACUGUUGACUACUGAUCCAGAUAACAGAAAUGCAGACAUUCAGACAUUUACUUAUACAAUAUUGACCAAUCAUGAGGGCAGGUUUAAAAUUGUAGGAAAUCAACUCCAGAUAGGCAAGGCAAAUUCCGAGUGCCAUAAGACUAGGGUAUAUACCUGUGGUGUUAACUUUGAGGAGUCUGAUGCAUAUAAUGUGACCAUUAUGGUGACUGAUAGUGGACUUCCUCCUCAGAGCAAAGCAUUCAAGCUGACAGUAUACGUGACAGAUGUCAAUGACAGACCUACAAAUCUGACUUUGUCAGGACACAAAGUUCAGAGUCUGGCAUCAAAAGAUGCUGUGAUUGGUCAGCUUCUAGUGAUGGAUGAAGAUGUUGACCAGUCACACGUCUUCUCUUUGGCAUCUGGUGGUGAUGGUCAAUUUCUGGUCAGCAGUGAGGGUCAGGUUACCAAGGCAACAGACCAACCUCUAAAGAGUGGGCAUAUUUAUAAUAUUUCUGUGGAGGCCAUUGAUGAUGGACAGCCACCUUUAAAGGUGACUUCCAAUUUUCAAAUAGCAGUUCUUGGAGGGAAGACACCUGUCAGUGUAAACUUCACUUCAGAAGGAGGAGUCAAAACCUUCCCUGUCAAUCAUCCUAUUGUCAUGGAAAACUCUCCUGUUGGCACGGUGAUUGGAUCCCUGGAGGGUGUAACUUAUGGUGUGGAUGAGAUAUUAACCUUCUCUUUUGAGGUGAAGAACAAGGAAAAUCCUUUCAGGACUGAGAAUGUCAGUUGUAAUACGGAAACUGACUUGACCAGCUGCACUGUUUCUGUGAAGAUAGAAGAAGUUCUUGACUUUGAGAAGCAGCCAUUGCUGUCAGUAGCUGUUACUAUUGAGAAUGGUGAAGGAGGAAAAUUGGUUGAAAUGUUUGAAGUUACCAUUGAAAAUGAAAAUGAGGCUCCACAGGAUAUCCAAGCAAGCCGUCAAGAUUUAGUUAUUCCAGAAAACACCCAGGGACUGGUGACCAUCUUCCAGGUAACUGAUCCAGAUGUGUAUGAUACUCACUCCUUUACCUUGCUGGACGAAACUGGUGAAAAGUUUACGGUCAACUCACAAGGACACUUGUCUACAAGAAGAGGUGUAGUAAUAGACUUUGAGGAGAGUCCACAUGUUAACAUCACAAUUAAAGUUGCAGACAGUGGAGGACUUACACUGAAGAAAAACUUCACCAUACAGGUGGAAAAUAUCAAUGAAAAACCCAUUCAAGUCAGUCUCUUAAACAAUAAGGUGAAGGAAAUGAGUGAUCCUGGGACAAUUAUAGGUCAGAUAGUGACAGGGGAUCCAGACUUCAAUCAAACUCACACUUACAAAUUGCUGGAUGAUGCUGGUGGCAGGGUCCUCAUUCAGGGAAAGACUCUUCAGGUUGCUGCCAAGGGGAAUAAGUGUGAAAAGAUAGGUGGAACCUCCUGUUUACUAGAUUAUGAAUCUGAGAGAAGCUUUAAUGUUGUGGUCAGUAGCCAAGAUUCAGGAUUUCCCCCUUUGAAUCUGACUAAAUCCCUCGCAAUAGAUGUGACAGAUGUCAAUGACCCCCCUCAUGACCUUGUACUGAGUCUAAAGAAUCUACCAGAGGAUACAGUGGUUGGGAAGCUGGUUGGGACAUUGGAGGUCAGUAAUGCAGAAUCAGAACAGACGGUGACCUUUAGCACAGAGAUGGAGGCUGGAAUGUUCACAGUGGAGGGUAACUCACUGGUACUAAAAAAGGCACUGGACUAUGAAACAACACCUGUGUACAACCUGACUAUCACAGCAACAGAUAAUGGUUUGCCUCCUGCUAAGAUUUCAGAAACUUACCAGGUAAAUGUGGUUGAUGUGAAUGAAGCUCCAUUUGACCUACUGGUCACAUCAAGCAAUGGAAACACCAAAUUCCCAGAAAACAACCCAGUCAUUGCAGAGAAUUCUCCUACAAAUAUUCUGAUUGGUCAAGUAAUGGUACAGGACUAUGACAUCAUGGAUGUUAUUACCAUGGGAACGACUAGUGUGCAAGUUGGCUUAUUCAAUCAACAUUGUCUGCCUUUAGCAAAAAUGGUGCACUGCACAGCAGAUUUGAGGGCAUUGGUUUCAUUGGACUAUGAGGCAACACAACAGCUGACCUUUGAGUUGACUGCAGUGGACAGACGGGGACUGACCAUCAGGAGGAAGUUAGACCUGACUGUACUUGAUACUAAUGAUCCACCCUCUGAUAUCAAUGCAGAAGAGGAUACUUACUUUGUGGAUGAAGGAACUCAUCAUGUCAGAAUAACUCCAUUAACAGCUAGGGAUACAGAUAUCGGGCAGAAUCACACGUUUACAAUUAUAUCAGAAUCUCACUUUUUCCAUAUCAUCCACAGAGAAUUAUGGGUAUCCAACAUAGCGGAUUUAGACUAUGAAUCAAAAUCCGAGCAUGACUUGGUGAUCCGAGCCACAGACAAUGGAAGUCCUCCCAUGUACACAGAGAAAACCUUCACAAUCAAGGUCAACAAUGUAAAUGAGGCUCCAAGAAAUAUCAGGAUGACCACAAAUGAGAUUCCAGAAAACAGUCCUCAUGGGACAGUGAUAGGGGAGUUAACAGCAGAGGAUCCAGAUAACAUCCUCAAACAGAUCCAGAUACUCCAGUUUACCCUCACAGAUUCUGCAGCAGGGAUGUUUGCCCUCAAUGGGACACAAUUAAUGCUGAUCAGUGGAGAAUUGGACUAUGAGAAAGUUCAUCAGUACUCUGUGGGUGUACUGGUGACUGACAAUGGAGAACCUUCCCUCUCAGCUAGAGCUGACAUUGCCAUCCAGAUAACUGAUGCUAAUGAUUCUCCAACAGAUUUAAAACUAACAGCAAUGAGUGUAGAUGAGAACUGUAAGAUUGGGACAGUGGUGGGAAGGUUAUCUGCUGUGGAUGUGGAUGAGGGUCAGAGUUUGACAUAUUCUCUGUCUGACACUGGUAACCUUGUAGUAGAGGGGAAUAAGGUCAAGGUCACAGGAGGUAUAGACUUCGAGCAGGUGCCCUUCAUCACAUUUAAAGCUAUUGCUACAGAUGAUGGCCAUCCACCCAAAGAAGUUUCAAGGAGUUUUUCAGUAUUAGUGAGGGAUGUGAAUGAUGAACCAACUACCCUGAGAUUUAUACCGUCUUCUGUUGUGCAAGAUUUUAUGAUACCAGAAUCAAUGUCCAUUGGUGGUCAUAUUGGUACAGUGGAGGUGGUGGAUCCAGAUGGAGUGGAUAAGAUAUCUUUUGAUAUAGUGAACAAUGGUUUUGGUGUUUUUAAACUAGGAAACACUAUUAAGUGUGGACCAACAAACAUUCAAUAUCAGAACUUAAAAUCUUCUGUUGGAACAAAGUGUUCUGUAGAAAUACAGCUGUCCAGAAAUUUGAAUUUUGAGAUGAAAUCCACAGCUAUGACCUUGAAAAUCCAAGCACAGGACAAAAAAAGCUCUAGUAUUGUAAGGGAAUGGACAUUCUCUGUCAAGGAUACCAAUGAGGCACCUACUGACAUAAAUAUUGAUGGCAGUCAGACAAAAAUUCCAGAGAAUGAGCCUAGUUUUAUUAUUGGAGCUGUACAGACAGCAGAUGAGGAUGUAGGAGAGACCUUCACUUACCAAGUUAUCUCCCAUUGGGAAUUCUUCAGGAUUAGAGGGGACAAACUGGAGGUCAGAAGGCCCCUGGACUUUGAGAAGAAAUCCUCUUACAAUGUUACUAUUAAGAGCACUGAUAGUGGAGGACUUUCCUUUUCCAAAAGUUUUAGUUUCAGUGUAUUGAAUAUCAAUGAGAAACCAAGCAACAUUUCUCUAAAUCCUAAAGAAGUGAGUAACAGUGCUGAUGUUGGGGAAGUGGUGGGACUUGUGACAGUAAUAGACCCAGAUAAUUUAGACCCGGACUCCCCCACCCAGAACCACAGUUGUACAGUGGGUGGGGAGGGGCUGGGGGUCUUCACCAUGGAUUUUGGUUCUAAGAUUCUGAAGGUUGAAUCUUCAGUGCCCCUAGAUAGAACGGAGAUGAUGCUAAUUAUUACCUGUAAGGAUGAUGGAACCCCACCAUUGGAAUACUCUCAGAAUAUUAGUCUGGUCAUCAAAGAAUCAGUUAAAAUACCAAAGGAAGUCAAACUGACCAAUCUGAGAGUUGUUCCAGAAAAUACAGAGAGAUUUGAAGUAGGAGAAUUUCAGGUCUUUAACAUGCUAACCAAUAAGCCUGUAGAAAAUGAGAUGUACUUGUAUUUCCUAUUGGAUGUAGAUGCCCCAUUUAGGAUGGAAGGAAAUGUGCUGAAAACCAAGAAAGCAUUUGACUUUGAAACACAGCAGUUUUUCAAGGUUGAAAUUAAUGCUAUGGCAUUUGGAUCAAAUCUAAAGGCAGAAUUCAAGAUUGAGAUAGGAGAUGUAAAUGAGGCUCCCAUGGGGAUUGGAAUAUAUGGUGGAGGCCUUCUGAAGGAGAAUAGUGAUGAAGGGACUGUAAUUGGAGAUCUAAAUACCAGAGACCAGGAGAAGAAUCAGAUAUACACAUAUACAAUCAAAUCCAUCUAUCCAGGAUUAACAGACACCGAGGAUGCAUCACCAUUCAAAGAUUUAUUUAAGCUGCAGAACAGAACCCUUACUGUUGGAAAACCCACAGAAACUUUAAACUUUGAGAAAUACCCUGUGUUUUCAGUUCAGGUGACAACAACAGACUCUGGUUCCCCUGCCCUUUCUUAUACUGGAAUUAUAAGGAUUGUUCUACAGAAUGUUAAUGACCAACCAAAGGAUAUCACCCUCAGUAAUAAUCAGGUUAAAGAGAACAGUUUAAUUGAUGCAGAGAUUGGGAUGCUGACUGUUAUUGAUGAAGACAAGAAGGACGUUCACUCUUGUUCUGUAGUUUCAUCAGGGUUCCCAGUCAAGAUAAAGAACAGUUUAUCCUUAGUAGUUGGGAAUGGUGUAAUUGAUUAUGAAAGUGAUAAGAUAUUUCCAGUAGAGAUUGAAUGCUGGGAUUAUGGACAUGGUGGACCUCAGCUCAGGGUCAGUAAGACAUUUGUCAUCAGUGUUACAGAUGUUAAUGAGCCUCCAUUUGACAUCAGCCUCAGUUCCAACUCAAUGGAGGAAAACGCUCCAGUAGGUCAAGUGGUAGGAGAGUUGUCAGCAAAAGAUGUAGAUAGCACCAAGAUAAUCUUUCACCUUGAAGAAAAUCUGUUUGUUGGACUUGAUGGGAUAAAUACAGUUGUCACCAAGACAGAGAUGGACUUUGAACAAAUGUCUGAGUUUGAGUUUACUGUGAAGGCUGUAGAUUCUGAAAAAGCUUUUAAUUCCACAAACAUAAAAAUCAAGAUAUUAGAUGUGAAUGAGGCCCCAACAGACAUUAUGUUAAGUACAUUAACAGUGAAGGAAAAUUUGGACUCUGGAGUAGAGGUAGCCAAAUUGACAACUGUUGAUCUUGACCACAACCAGGUGUAUGUUUACUCCAUCAUUGACGCAGGGUACUUUGAGGUAGUAGGAGACAAACUUUUCACUACAACUAAACAGAUAGACUAUGAGGAGGAUUCAAGCCUGGAGUUAGUCAUCAAUAGUACUGACAGUGGUGUACCUCCACUGACAAUUCAGGUAAAGAGUAAAGAGUUAGUCAUCAAUAGUACUGACAAUGGUGUACCUCCACUGACAAUUCAGGCAAAGAGUUAG